CCUUGAUCUGAUCUUGGUGGCGUCACUCAAGGUCAAAUCAAUCUUACCUUCUUAUAUUCCCCUCCGAACUAUACAACUGUUGUUUGAAACAUUUUUCCGAAUCUACCAUAGUUUUCGAGAAAUCUUAAUGCAUUUAAAAUGGGACACCCCGUAUAUUUAAUAUAUUAUCAAAUAUAUGAUAAAGAGUAAUAUAUUCUUAGACCUGUCAAGCAAUAGGCUAGAGCCCAAUAUGGACGACGUACCAGUGCCCUCAGAGAAUACAUUUGAUGUAACAUUACCAGCAGCGCAUUCUUAUUUAGGACAAAAUUUAGAGGAACUGAGAGGAAGAACUAUAUUGGAUGAUGGUAUUUAUAUAAAUCUACCAUUAUUAGUGAAGCAGUCUGUAUUAUUCCCUGGACAAACAUUACCAAUGACAGUCUUUGGCACACAGACUAUAGAGAUGUUACAAACUUGUAUACAAAACGAUCGUACUUUUGGUGUUGUGUGUUAUGGUAAUCCUGAUAUGGAGCGAAUAGGAACAACUGCUGAAAUCUACGAAUACACAGACGGAGGUAUAUGGUUGGAUCAUGGUCGACGAGAGUUUCGUUUAAAAGCUAAAGGCAGACAACGUUUUAAAAUAUUACGUAUUAUUACACAGGAUAACAAUAAAAUUUCGGCCAAUGUUAAAGUAUUACCAGAGAUAACACUUGAACCACCGUUUUUGGACCAACGCUUAGCUUCAUUAGAUCAUUUAAGAAUUUCUGUCGAUUCUGAAGAAGAUAUGAAAAAGCAGGAAAGAGUAGAAAACUUGGAUGCUGCAGUGACUGCUUGGCCAGCUUGGGUUUAUAGACAGUACGAUCCUAUAAGACUUUCUUUUAGAAUACGCCAGCAUCUACAAUUUCUUGAAACUAGAGGUGGUAGUGUACCCAAAAAUCCCAUAGAUUUAUCUUUUUGGGUCGCACAAAAUAUCUUAAUGGAUCACAAUGAGAGACUCAUGUUGUUAACUUAUGAUUGUGCUAUUUCUCGAUUACAAAGAGAAAUAAAGUAUCUCGUAGAGGAUAAGAUAUACGUAUGCGUUAAUUGUGAAUCCUUUAUUGGGAGGCAGUCACAUAUGUUUCCGAUGAAUAAAGAAGGCCCACAGGGUACUUAUGUCAAUCCUGGUGGUGUUAUACAUGAAACUAUAACUUUUUAUCAUGUUCAAGGAGUUGUACUUAACAAUUCGGAUCCUUCGACUGAGUAUAGCUGGUUUCCAGGAUAUGCAUGGACAAUAGCUAUCUGUAAAGGUUGUCGUCAUCACGUUGGUUGGAAGUUUACAGCAGUUCAAAGUAAUUUAAGGCCCAAAGAAUUUUGGGGAUUAACACGUAGAAGCUUGAAAAAUAAAGAUUUAAAAGUUAAGAAGAAGAAAUAAAUAGAGGAUUAAACAUUAAUAUACAUUAAGCAUUAUAAUUGUCUUAGCAGUUAUUAGAUGGAUAUU